UUCCGAAAAAACCUUGCAGAGAGUGUGUACGGGGGAGUGUGUUACAAACCAAAACAUUGAACAACAAGUUUUUAAUUUUCACGAACAGAAGCGGUGCGUGGCUGCAUCAUCCUACAUCCUUGCAACAUUACCUGGACAGGGCUAAAUAGAAGUCCAUAACCAAGAUGGAUGCACAAAUCCAAAAAAAACGAAAACAUGAAGAUGAUGGCGAAAUCAAGUUUGAAAGUAAAAUGAAAAGUGCUUAUAGGGGACAAAACAAUGAUGUUGCACCAAAUAGCGCCUCCAUUGUGUUUUCAUUGCCAGAAGAAGUUGGUGUACUGGCUGAUGCAUUAUCAAUGUUUAAGAACCGACAGAUAAAUUUAAGGCAUAUUGAAUCUCGCCCGUCUAAAACCAACAAAGAUGAUUAUGAUUUUUAUGUUGAUAUUGAUGAAGAAUUAACUCACUCUGAAAAUGUUAAGUUGGUUCUUGAAGAUCUAAAGGAAAAAGCAAAAAGUGUUGUUCUUCACCAUGAAGAAUCAGUACCAUGGUUUCCAAGAAAGAUAUCUGACUUAGAUAAAUUUGCUGAUCGUGUUUUAAGUUUCGGUGCUGAAUUGGAUUCUGAUCAUCCGGGCUUUACUGACCCUGUCUAUCGAGCAAGGCGUAAGGAGUUUGCUGAUAUUGCAAUCAACUAUAGACAUAAUCAACCACUACCUCAAGUAACAUACACAGAGGAAGAAAUCAAAACAUGGGACGCCGUGUUUACAGAACUGAAAAAGCUGUAUCCAACUCAUGCAUGUCGAGAACUCAAUUAUAUUUUUCCAUUACUUGUGGAGAAUUGUGGAUACAAGGUCGGAUGCAUUCCACAGUUGGCUGAUGUUUCCAAAUUUUUAAAAGAAUGCACUGGCUUCACAUUGCGUCCUGUGGCUGGUUUAUUAUCAUCACGUGACUUUCUUGCUGGACUCGCUUUUCGAGUUUUCCAUUCAACUCAGUACAUAAGACAUGGCAAGAAUCCAAUGUACACUCCGGAACCAGAUGUCAUUCACGAACUUAUUGGACAUGUGCCUCUGUUUGCAGAUCCUAGUUUUGCUCAAUUCUCUCAGGAAAUCGGUUUAGCCUCUUUGGGUGCGCCUGAUGAAUGGGUUGAAAAGCUAGCCACGUUGUAUUGGUUUACUGUUGAGUUUGGUUUAUGUCGACAAAAUGGAGAAGUAAAAGCAUACGGUGCAGGAUUGUUGUCUUCAUUUGGAGAAUUACAGUAUUGUGUGUCAGACAAACCAGAGCAUCUUCCUUUUGAUCCUGAUAAGACAUCGCAAACAAAAUAUCCGAUAACCGAAUAUCAGCCUAGGUACUUUGUUGCAGAAUCUUUUGAAGAUGCCAAAGAGAAAGUGAGAGCAUGGAGUUUAAAAAUCCCACGUCCAUUCACAGUACAUUACAAUCCAUAUACGCAAUGUGUCGAUAUUUUGGACAGCCAGAAAAGAAUUGUUGGUUUGGUGUCGGAAGUCAAGUCGAAUCUCGAAAUACUUCUAAGCGCAUUGAAGAAGCUGGAACACGCAUGAAUGUACGUACGGUAUUAACAUUUUUGCAAAAGUAGACAUUUUCGUGGCAGUUUUUGUUACUCAAUCGGGGAAAAUAAAGUCAAAAAUAUUUUCGCUAGUAAAAUUCAGUAAUCAGCAUUUCAUAAAUUUAGCGAUUUUGACCAUUUUUAUAACAGAUCUAAAGCGCUUAAAAAGGGGAAAACGAUUUUUUUUAUUUUCGUAAAAAGUAAUUAAAAUUUGUUUUCUCCAUGUUCUUGUUAUUUGUCUUUAUUGAAUUUUGCGUAAUAUAAUUUUUUUCAUGUAUUUAUAUGUCUAUAUAUAUUUUAUUUUAUUUAUAACAAAAAGGAUUGAGUGAAUGUUAUUUAUAAUUGUUUGUAGGUUUAUGUAUUUUGUAGGUUAUGUAUUACCUUCAUGUAGACUUAUUGUUGUGAUGCUUAAACCUGAAUUUUGUGUCCUACAGUGUUCCACUACACUUAUUUUAAGGGAUAUAAAAUAUAGCUGGUGUUGUAUAAAAUAUUAUUUGUAAAUUUUUUUAAAAUUUUUGACAAAAUGUAAUAAUAGUGAUUCGUUUGAA